CUGACCGUCUUGGGAUCAGACAGCUGAAACGUUUCGCGAUACGUUUUCUAAAGAAUUGGGUAGAUCAAAUCGAGGGUGUUCUCUAUUGAAGAAGUAGCCUACACGCAACAGGUGUGGGGUCGUGUCUGGGGUGGAAAAGUUGAUGGGCCAGCGCAUAGGAAGUAACCAGACGUACUUCAGGAGUAAACGUGCUCCUGGGCUCUUUUCUGUACUGUUUGUGCAAGGUCUCCUCCUAUCUCUCAUUUGGAGGAGAAGUUAAAAUUCUCAGGUCGAUCACAUCCUCUGAACGGUUCUUAAAGGUGGAAGCCAUAAGUAUUGGGGAUCAUACGAAGCAUCCCUCGAGGAUUUCGCUUGACCACUUAAACUCGAGUUAAUUCAGAAGACGGGCAGUCCAACUGUAAGUCCUUCAGGGGACCCGCAAAGUCCUGUCCUAUGACUAUGGAGAUGGAGACAUCGGAUGGAUAUCUUGCUAGUAACGGAAACUGCUCUCCCAGGAAGGAGAACCCGAGAAUGCUGGUGGACCUGUCAACCAACACACCUAAUGGGCAACAUUCCCAAAGUCCUGUGUCACCCACUGAGCACUCCAUCAAGCAGGAGGAGGUGGGAGAGGAGGAGGAGAGGCGGGUGUCUGGCGCAGAGGAGAUGUCUCACGGCGGGGGAGUAGGAGGAGGAGAGGAGGGCUCGGGGCCGGAGGAGCCCAUGAUUGACAGCCCCGGCGCUCUCCAAGACAUGGGACCCGCAACAGAUGGCCCCCAUGAUAGCAAUGCCCGAUUGCCCAAUGGAGACAGGCCUUUCCAAUGCAGCCAGUGUGGCGUGUCCUUCACCCAGAAGGGCAACCUGCUGCGGCACAUCAAGCUGCACACGGGGGAGAAGCCCUUCAAGUGCCCCUUCUGCAACUACGCCUGCCGCCGCCGUGACGCCCUCACCGGACACCUGCGCACACACUCAGUGGGUAAACCGCACAAGUGCACCUACUGCGGCCGAAGCUAUAAGCAGCGAACUUCACUGGAGGAGCACAAAGAGCGCUGCCACAACUACCUGCAGAGCGUGGGCAUGGACAGCACCAGUGCAGCCCACUACCCAGAGGUGUCCAAAGAGUCGUGGCCUAAAAUCGAGCCAUCCAACAUUGUGCCCUUCGAGCGUCCUCCCGUCAUUGAGAGGUUGCAGGGCAACGUGGGCAAGAGGAAGAGCACCACCCCACAGAAGUUUGUGGGUGAGAAGAUGCUGCGUUACUCUUACCCGGACAUCAACUUCGACAUGGGGCUGAAGUACGAGAAGGAGGCCGAGCAGCUGAUGCAGGCCCACAUGAUGGACCAAGCCAUCAACGUCAUGCCGUUCCUCAGCUCAGACUCCCUCAGGCCCAUGGUCCACCACCCGCCCCUGCCCAUGUCAGAAGUGGUCCCCAUGGUCAACUCGCUGUUCCACCCCGUGUACCCAGCGGGCCCCAGGAUGGACCGCCCCAGCAGCAGAGGGACCCCACCACCACCUCACCCCCAGCCCCAGCCCCAGCCGCCGCCCCCACUGCCCCGGCCUCCUCCGGAGUUCCACCCCUCCUCCAACGGGGCCAUCUCCCUGGUCCGGCCCAAGCACCACCACCACCCCCACCACCACGCCGGACGAGACGGCUCCCCCAGCAACAGCGCUCAGGAGUCGGUGGACUCGGCCCGAAGCAGCCCCAGGGACAGGUCGGGCGCCCCCGGCAGGUCCAGAACCAGCCCGGGGGGUCUCAUGAAGGGAGAGGCGGACGGGAGGCUUGGCGAGGCGGCAGCCUUGGCGCGGGCGGCGUCGGCGGCCGUCCGGGACGGUGUGCGCGUCUUCAGCCGCGAGGGCCAGGAGCUGCGGGCCUUCCAGUGCGAGCACUGCCGGGUGCUCUUCCUGGACCACGUGAUGUACACCAUCCACAUGGGCUGCCAUGGCUACAGGGACCCGCUGGAGUGCAACAUCUGCGGCCACUGCAGCAAGGACCGCUACGAGUUCUCCUCGCACAUCGUCCGCGGCGAGCACACCUUCCAGUAGGAGGAUGAGAUGAGGAGGAUGGGUCAUGCUCCGAGAUGCCAGCACACACACUCGCGCACACACACAGACACAAACACAUGCGCACACGCGCGC